CCCUUCGCUGGUCGCCUUCGGCCAUAUUCCGCAUACGCGCUCAACAGGGGCUUCACUUCAUCGCACGACAUUACCGGGUUGCGUUUCGUCGACGUUGCCGUGUCAUAUUACCUUGGGUCUUCGACUUUCUCAAGACAGAGCGAUAACAAGACGCCGAAAGCGCUCUUGCUGGUGGCUGGUAGUAUAUACGCGACUUCCGCCAAUUCGAGUGCUUCUCUUCAGCGCACUGUCACACUCCUUUUGUUCACACAAUGUCGGUUGCUACCAUGUUACAACCUGCCUCCAGAACGUCUACUUCAUCUUCCUCGUCUUUUCAACCCAUGACGCGUCAAAACACAAUGUCGUCCCACGACACGCGGUCCCUCCGCCAGUCGAAGCGGAUGUCAAUGAAUGCGCUGUACAUGUCAAUGUCGGCGAAGGAUAGAGACUUGGAGAUUUCAGAUGAUCUAGCUAGGGGUGAGUCUGCUGUGGUCUGAAAUGCCCCCUCGGUCUGUUCUAACGUUGGACGGUACAGCCCAGAAGUUCCUGCAAGAGUUGAAGACGAAUAUCUCUUCACAAUCGAAGAAGAAUUUCGUUCUCGAAAAAGAUGUCCGAUAUCUGGAUUCUCGGAUUGCGCUGUUGAUUCAGAAUCGUAUGGCUUUAGAAGAGCAAAAUGAAGUUGCGAGCCAUCUCGACGAAGUCCUGGAUCCCCAGGAGGGGUUCUUUCCCAAUGACGACAAAACUCAGAAGUACGGCAAUCUUCUCUUCCUCCUCCAAUCCGAGCCGCGCCAUAUCGCCCAUCUGUGCCGAUUAGUCUCCAUGUCAGAAAUCGACUCCCUUCUGCAGACGGUCAUGUUCACAAUCUACGGAAACCAGUAUGAGAGUCGUGAGGAGCAUCUGCUUCUCACCAUGUUUCAGUCUGUUCUUACCUAUCAGUUUGAUAACACGCCAGAGUACUCGUCCCUCCUCCGCCAGAACACCCCCGUCUCACGCAUGAUGACCACAUAUACGCGACGAGGGCCCGGUCAAAGUUACCUGAAACAAGUACUCGCCAACCAGAUCAACUCAUUGAUUGAGCUACGUGAUGUGGACUUGGAAAUCAACCCCCUCAAGGUCUAUGAGACCAUGGUUAAGGAAAUCGAAGAAGAGAAUGGAUCGCUGCCUGACUACCUCGCAAGAUCUGUCACGGCGGAAGCUGCAGCAGAGAAUAAGCAGGUGCAGGCCAUUAUUGAACCGCGCUUGAAGAUGCUUACUGAGUUAGCGAACAAGUUCCUGUCAACGAUCAUCGAUCACGUGGACGAGGCCCCGUAUGGCAUUCGGUGGAUUUGCAAGCAAAUUCGGAGCUUGUCUCGUCGCAAAUACCCUGAUGCGCAGGACCAGACGAUCUGCACCCUCAUUGGUGGAUUCUUCUUCCUUCGCUUCAUCAACCCAGCCAUUGUCACUCCACGCUCCUACAUGCUGAUUGAAUCGACUCCGACGGAAAAGCCCCGUCGCACGCUGACGUUGAUCGCCAAGAUGCUUCAGAAUCUGGCAAACAAGCCCUCGUAUGCGAAGGAGCCUUAUAUGGCGAAACUGCAACCGUUCAUUGAGCAGAACAAAGAACGAGUCAAUAAGUUUAUGCUUGAUCUGUGUGAAGUGCAGGACUUCUACGAGAGCUUGGAAAUGGACAACUACAUAGCACUAUCCAAGCGCGACUUGGAGUUGCAGAUCACUCUCAAUGAGAUGUAUGCCACACAUGCCUUGUUGGAGAAACACAAUGUGGCUUUGGCGCAAGAUCAACAUUCUCACCUCCAUGUGUUGUUGCAGGAGCUUGGUACAGCACCGCCCCAGGUUCCGCGCAAGGAGAAUAGGACCAUCACAGUCCCCUUGUUCAGUCGCUGGGAAACAACUGCACUGGAUGAUUUAACCUCGGCCCUCGACAUCACUCAAGAAGAAGUCUUCUUCAUGGAAGCCAAGUCCACAUUUGUUCACAUCUUGCGGUCUUUGCCGCCAGACUCUCCUGUCGCCCGGCGCCCCCUUCGCCUUUAUCGCAUCGCAGAGGCGGCGGCAACCUCGAAGACCGGCGAUGCGGCCAUGGUCAAGAAGGGCAUUCGCACCAUGGAAUUGUUGAGCCAGCUUCAGGAGAUGGGAGUGAUUGAUCGGUCGGACGAUUUUAGUCUUCUCCGCGACGAGGUGGAACAGGAGCUGGUGCACCUGGGAUCUCUGAAAGAAAAGGUGUUGGAAGAGACGAAGAAGUUGGAAGAAGUCUUUGCGACCAUCCGUGAUCACAAUGCCUACUUGGUGGGCCAGCUCGAAACGUACAAGUCGUACUUGCACAACGUCCGAAGUCAAUCGGAGGGGAAGCAGCGGAAACAGCAGAAGCAUCAAGAACUUGGACCCUACAAAUUCACACAUCAGCAGCUUGAGAAAGAGGGCGUUAUUCGCAAGAGCAACGUCCCUGAGAACCGUCGGGCGAAUAUCUACUUCAUGUUCAAGAGUCCUUUGCCUGGCACCUUCGUCAUCAGUCUCCACUAUAAAGGUAAGCUGAAGACUUCAGACUUAUGGCUUUUGGUGAGUUCUAUGCUAACUCGGUGAACCUAGGUCGUGCACGUGGCCUUCUGGAACUGGAUCUCAAGCUUGAUGAUUUGUUGGAAAUGCAGAAAGACAACCAGGAGGACCUAGACCUGGAGUACGUCCAGUUCAAUGUUUCGAAAGUACUCGCACUUUUGAACAAACGAUUUGCACGGAAGAAGGGCUGGUAGGAAGCCCUCGGUUUUCGGCUUCCACGUCGAUGACCGUGACGACUUACAUGAACUCGAGCGGACGGCAAGCAAUAAC